AUGGGAAAUAUACAAUGGUCGCAAAUACUCUCAGCCUCUGAAGACGCGGCAAGCAAUGACGAGGGAGCGUUAGCUAGCGAACUGUACGAAAAUACCUCGAAGGAAGAAGAUUUCGACUCGGAUUUAGAUGAGGAGGGUGCUGAUGACGAGUGGCAUGGAAUAAACGAAGGAGGUGUAGCCACGAAUGUAUGUUGGGAGGAAGAAGAGUUGAUAAUUGAUGACAUGGGCAGCGACGAUCCUGUUAACUUGAGUAAGUUCAGCAGAAGACAACAACAGGCCCGGAUGCCUGUUACAGAAGAGGAAAUGAACACCUUUAUUGGUAUCCUGCUUAUCAUGGUUUUAGUGCGCCUACAUGAAAUUAGAUUGCAUUUGUCGCAGGCAGACAUGUAUCCGCACAAACGUAUAAAGAGCGCGCUGGAACGCGGUCGUCUUACAUGA